AGGCAUUUUAAUUAAAUAGUUUAUGAUUAAACAUUAGAAAGAGACAGUUCGUUAUGGAAACGCUUGCUGUCUUGAACGAUUACAGAUUCGAAGGUAGCGAGAAAAUUUGCGAGCUGUGUCGAGAGAAAUUCCACUUCGUUACAAGAUUAGUCGCUCAUCUGAGAAUAGCGCACGGCAUUCAUCGACCCUUCAAGUGUGUCACUUGUGGCAAGAAUUAUCCCCAGCAAUUCAUGCUUAACGCCCACGUGAAAAAAUCGCACACGCUCAAAACGGUGCCGUGUAACGAAUGCAAUUUCAUGGGUGUUAACGCGACCGAUGUGGAAAGGCAUAGAAAACGACACCAUCGAGCCUCGAAAUUCACGUGCGAGAUUUGCAGCGAGAAUUUCGUCGACAAGGACGCUCUAAUCACGCACACGACGAUGCACAAUUUUAUGCAGUAUCAACAAUGCAGCGCGUGUGGUAGCAUCUUUAAUGACGUGUACAGCUUAAAGGAGCAUAAUCGUCUCUACCACUACGAUCCUGCAGUCAUGUCGAAUGAGAGAAUCGAGGAAUCCAAUGAGAACGGACCGGAACACAAGUGCGAUGCUUGCGAUAAGGUCUACAAAUACAAAUCGAUGCUGAAGCAGCACAAAAUUAAGGCCCACGGGGAUCCGUCUCUCUACGAGAGACGUAGGUAUCUUUGCGCACAGUGCGGUAAGGAGCUGAAGACGGCGAAGGGCCUCGAAAUUCAUCACAGAUCGCACACCGGCGAAAAACCGUACACCUGCGAGGUGUGCGGCAAAUGUUUCGCUUGCGAGACCCUGCUGAGGACCCACAAGGUCAUACAUACCGGAGAACGGAAGUAUUCUUGUGACCAAUGCGGCAAGGCUUUCACGCAGAGAUCCACGUUGGUUGUUCACAAGCGAUAUCACACGGGCGAACGACCGUACAUUUGUCCUCGAUGCGGUAAGGGUUUCAUCACACGAACUGUUCUUAAUACUCAUAUGAAGUCUUGUCGUUGAAGACUUGCACUUACGGGAUUGAUAAGCUAAUCCCCCGACGAAGAGAUCUAGUUAACACAAACAUUUGAGAAAUAUCAUAUAAAUAUUUAAAGACGCUUUCUAAUUCUUCAAAGGUCUCUUUGCGUUGUCUGGAUAGAUUUAGUGAAUUUAUGAAUGAAUAAAUCUAUAAACGCUGAAAUUUUAAAAUAAAUUAACU